AAGCCCGAGCAGCCGCGGCCGCAGUGGAGGCCGGAGCCCGAGCGGCGGCGGCGGCGUUGGCACCGCGGGAGGGAGUCUAAGAUGGCGGCGGGGGGGUCGGCCGGCCUGCGGGAGGAGCAGCGCUACGGGCUGUCGUGCGGGCGCCCGGGGCGGCAGGACCGCGUCACGGUGCUGCACGUCAAGCUCACCGAGACGGCGCUCCGGGCGCUCGAGACCUACCAGCGCCACAAGAAUUUAACUCCUUUCCGACCUUCGAUUCAGUUUCAAGGGCUCCAAGGGCUUGUCAAAAUACCCAAAAAUGACCCUUCCAAUGAAGUGCAUACCUUUAAUUUCUACUUGUCAAAUGUGGGUAAAGACAACCCUCAAGGCAGCUUCGACUGCAUCCAGCAAACAUUCUCUGCCACUGUCUUACUUGCCAGCUCUGGAGCAUCUCAGCUCAAUUGCCUGGGAUUUAUACAAGAUAAAAUUACAGUGUGUGCAACAAAUGACUCAUAUCAGGUGACCCGAGAAAGAAUGACCCAGGCAGAAGAGGAAUCCCGCAACCGAAGCACAAAAGUUAUCAAACCCGGUGGACCAUAUGUAGGGAAAAGAGUGCAGAUUCGGAAGGCACCUCAAGCUGUUUCAGAUGCAGUGCCAGAAAGGAAGAGGUCAACCCCCAUGAACCCCGCAAACACGAUUCGAAAGAUGCACAGCAGCAGCAGUGUUUCCCAGAGGCCUUAUAGGGACAGGGUGAUCCACUUACUGGCACUGAAGGCCUACAAGAAACCGGAGUUACUGGCACGACUGCAGAAAGAUGGUGUCAAUCAAAAAGACAAGAACUCCCUAGGAGCAAUUCUGCAACAGGUAGCCAAUCUGAACCCUAAGGACCUCUCCUAUACCUUAAAGGAUUAUGUGUUUAAAGAGCUUCAGAGAGAUUGGCCAGGAUACAGUGAAUUAGACAGACGCACAUUAGAGUCAACACUUUCUAGAAAACUAAAUCCAUCUCAGAAUGCUGCCAGCACCAGCUGCUCAGAAUCUCCUGUGUGUUCCAGUAGAGACACUGCAUCUUCUCCUCAGAAACGGUCCCUAGAUUCAGAUUUCAUUGACCCUUUGAUGAGUAAGAAAGCUCGGAUCUCUCACCUGACAAACAGAGUGCCACCAACGCUGAAUGGCCACUUGAAUCCCACCAGUGAGAAGUUGGCUGCGGGACUUCCGCCACCCCCUGCAGCUGCUGCUAUUCCCAGCCCCCCACCACUGCCUUCUACCCACCUGCCCGUCUCUAACCCUCCCCAGACUGUCAACUCCAACUCCAAUUCCCCCAGCACUCCAGAAGGCCGGGGGACUCAAGACCUGCCACUUGACAGUUUUAGUCAAAACGGUAGUAUCUAUGAGGACCAGCAAGACAAAUAUACCUCUAGGACUUCUCUGGAAAACUUAGCCCCUGGUUCUGAUCUCCUCAAGUGUCCAAAGCCUAUGGAAGAAAAUCAUUCAUCGUCUCACAAGAAGUCCAAAAAGAAGUCUAAAAAACACAAGGAAAAGGACCAAAUGAAAAAGCAUGACAUUGAGACCAUCGAGGAAACAGAAGAGGACCCGGAAAGAGAAGAGGAAAUUGCCAAGCUCAGCAAUGCCAGUCCAGACUCCAGUGAAGGAGUUAAAGAGGAUCUUACUGCCUCCACAGAACCUUCUUCGACCAUCGAACUCCCAGAUUACUUGAUAAAAUAUAUCGCUAUUGUCUCCUAUGAGCAAAGGCAGAAUUACAAGAACGACUUCAAUGCAGAGUAUGAUGAAUACCGGGCCUUGCAUGCCAGGAUGGAGACUGUAGCCAGGAGAUUCAUCAAACUGGACGCGCAGCGAACUUCUCCAGGUUCGAAAGAGUAUCAGAACGUUCACGAAGAAGUCUUACAAGAAUAUAAGAAGAUUAAGCAGUCGAGUCCCAAUUACCAUGAAGAAAAAUACAGAUGCGAGUAUCUUUAUAACAAGCUGGCUCACAUCAAAAGACUAAUAAGUGAAUUUGACCAGCAGCAAGCAGAGACACGGCACUAGAGCCCCGCUCGGACCAGAAGAUGUGAAUGAACUUAUGCUUAUUUAUUUAGAAUUCCAAAUGAGUUGCUCUAAGAUUCUAAAAAGUGAAACUUUACCUGUUAAAAGUUUCAGUAUUAGUAAACUUGAGUUACUUCUCUUUUUCCUUUUUCCAUUGUACUUUGCUUCCUUGUAUUUUUGAAGCUGCUUUUUGGGACCCUUCCUAUCCCAUCUUCUCCCCUCCCACACCUACUGUGGUUGUCAGUGGAAAUCAUUUCUUUAUUUGAUACUGGUAUGAGUACAGUAUCUAGAGUUCAGAUCAGCUUUUUCUUUAAAAACUGUGCUUGUCAUAAAGUGAUUUUUUUUAAGGAUAUUGGGAAUCCAAUAUCCACACUUCAAAGUCAUGUGUGUUUAAAAAAAAAAAACAAAAAAAGAAACAAACCAGUAAUGUGCAAAGUGAAGUGCUUUUGGAUAUACAUAAGCCUAUUUUCUGACGUUUCUUAAUGCAAACUCUUUGCCUUAAAUGGUAGAAUAUUUAGAAAUUUGCACAAAAUACAAAAAAAAAUGAAAA